CCGGCUCCCCGGGCUCCCCCCGCGUUCACUGAAGCGGAUGAAAACAAACACUCAGGAUGGCGGCGCCGGGCAGCGACCGGCUGCGGGGACUGAGGCAGAAGUGAUCCGUGCAACAGCGAGGAUUUUCAAAGAGAACGGCUCGACGUUGAGUGCGACAACUCGCUCAGUCCUGGGAGGGAACACCCAGGGCCUUGUCAGCCAGGAGCCAGUCAAGACGUGAGGUGUCUGUCUGUCCGUGACCCGUGCUGUCACUGCUGCCCCGCAGCGCGGAGCCCUUAACCCGGAGGCUUAGCUGGCUGGCCCCAGGCCCCGGCCCCCGUAAUGAGAGUUCCGAGCUCCUCUCAGCUGCCCCAGCAUCGCAGGUGAGGGUGACUGUUGACUAGGAAAAAAAAAAAGAGACCCAAAGUUCACGACUGUCUUCUUACUGGCAGUGGAAGAACCCGUGGAAACCUGCGAUUCAUUCUCAUUAAAUACAUUUCUAGAUUCUUAUAGGCAAUGGAAACUGACCUCAAUUCCCAGGACAGAAAGGACCUGGACAAGUUCAUUAAAUUUUUUGCUCUCAAGACUGUCCAAGUGAUUGUCCAGGCUCGACUUGGUGAGAAGAUCUGUACUCGUUCAUCUUCAUCACCAACGGGUUCCGAUUGGUUCAAUUUGGCAAUCAAAGACAUCCCAGAGGUGACACAUGAAGCAAAGAAAGCACUGGCAGGGCAAUUGCCUGCUGUCGGGAGGUCUAUGUGUGUGGAGAUCUCACUCAAGACUUCUGAAGGGGAUUCCAUGGAGCUAGAAAUCUGGUGUCUUGAAAUGAAUGAAAAGUGUGAUAAAGAAAUCAAAGUUUCCUACACAGUGUACAACAGACUGUCAUUGCUGCUGAAGUCCCUUCUUGCUAUAACUAGAGUGACACCAGCCUACAGACUCUCCAGGAAGCAAGGGCAUGAAUUUGUCAUCUUGUAUAGGAUAUAUUUUGGGGAAGUUCAACUAAAUGGCCUAGGAGAAGGCUUCCAGACAGUUCGUGUUGGAACAGUGGGCACUCCAGUGGGAACCAUCACUCUUUCUUGUGCUUACAGAAUUAACCUGGCAUUCAUGUCCACCAGGCAAUUUGAAAGGACCCCACCUAUCAUGGGGAUUAUCAUUGAUCACUUUGUGGACCGUCCCUAUCCCAGCUCCUCUCCCAUGCACCCCUGCAAUUACAGAACUGCUGGUGAGGAUACGGGAGUGACAUAUCCUUCUGUGGAAGACUCUCAAGAAGUGUGUACCACUUCAUUUUCCACCUCCCCUCCGUCACAGUGUGUGUUUACUGUCACAAAGGCACAUUUUCAGACCCCUACUCCUGUGGUGACGGACACCCUGAGGGUCCCCGUGGCAGGACUGGCAUUUUCCCAUCAACUCUCAAGCUCUCGCCUUUCCUAUCAGCCUGCUGCCCUGGGCGUUGGAUCAGCUGACCUGGCUUACCCAGUAGUGUUUGCUGCGGGCCUAAAUGCCACCCACCCUCACCAGCUCAUGGUUCCUGGGAAGGAAGGUGGGAUCGCCCUUGCUCCCAACCAGCCUACACACGGUGCCCAAGCUGACCAGGAGAGACUGGCCUUGUACACCCCUUCAGACGGAGCCCACUGUAUGGCCACACCUUCCAGCAGCGAGGAUACCGAGACUGUAUCAAACAGCAGCGAGGGCCGGGCCUCCCCCCACGAUGUCUUGGAGACCAUCUUUGUUCGAAAAGUAGGGGCCUUCGUGAAUAAGCCCAUCAACCAGGUGACCCUGACCAGUUUGGACAUACCCUUUGCCAUGUUUGCGCCCAAGAAUUUAGAGCUGGAAGAUGCCGACCCUAUGGUGAACCCUCCUGAGUCCCCAGAGACUGAGUCGCCUCUCCAAGGGAGCUUGCACUCUGAUGGCUCCAGCGGGGGCAGCAACAGCAACGCUCACGACGACUUUGUCAUGAUUGACUUCAAACCGGCUUUUUCUAAAGAUGACAUUCUUCCAAUGGACUUGGGGACCUUCUAUCGUGAAUUUCAGAAUCCCCCUCAACUGAGCAGCCUCUCCAUUGAUAUCGGAGCACAAUCCAUGGCGGAGGACUUGGACUCCCUGCAAGAGAAGCUGGCUGUGCACGAGAAGAAUGUCCGAGAAUUUGAUGCCUUUGUAGAAACCCUGCAGUAAAAGUCGGUGCCCCGGAGUUCUGGCAGGAGCCCCUUUUUGCAGUCUAGGAGAUGAAGAAUUUCCCACUCAUCAGCUGCUCCCAUCCCUUGUCCUGCUCCUAGCUGGGUGCAAGGGAGGCUGGUUUCUCAGGGGAGGCCUCAAAGCACUUGCCCUAGUAGCGUCUGAGAGGACUCACCCUCAGGCCUUGGCGAUGGGAAGGCCCUUGGUAACAUGGGCCUCACUAGGCUGCUUCCCAGAGGCUGUCAUCUGCUCCUUGCCCCCACCUCCUGCUUGGCUCUGCCAUGCAGCUGGCCCUAGCCUGCCUGCCCUUCCCAUCAACCACUUGACAUUCCAGCCAUUGGCCCAGAUCUGUGUGGAGGCAGAAAGAGGAAGGAGACCGCUCUGGAGGGAGCAGGAAGCAUCCCUCAGGCCCUUUGCUGUUCCCUGUAGUUCUAUCUGCUUCUCCUCUCUCCACUCUCUCUCUGCCCCCGUGCCUGCACUUUUGGCAAUACUAUCGAGUCUCCUGCCCAGGGUGACAAGAACUCCUGCCCAUCCUGUGACAGCGUGUCCCAGCAGCCCUGGUGGCUGCCCGUGCUCAGCUCCUUGGAGGCUUGCGAGCAGAAUGGAGGAUCCUGCGGCCAGGACUCACAGUCCAGGUCCCCCACUCUCGCUGCUCCUUGGUUGUAGAACAUACUAAAUAUUUAUUACUUUCAGAGAAAUCAGAUAUUUUAUAGAGAAAAUAAGUUUGAGGCUAAGUGUUUUCACUUGGAGAAGGUGGAGGGCCACCUUCUGGUGCAGGGAAGCCCCCAGAUGACUACGCUGAGGCGUUCUUUCCCCAGAGGUGGGAGGUGUGGGCCCAGAAUAGGGCCGGCCUUCCGGAAGGCUGCAUUGCAACUGACAGUGGUUCUCCCUCAGAUCACAGCCCCGAGUCUCACCAGCUUCUGCUGACCGUUCCAGCAGCCCAGGAAGUCUUGGGAGCUAAAUGGGGUGACACCCCAGCGUUGUCACACGCCAUGCCCCAGGAGUGUUGCGUGUGGUUGUUUAGGGCCCCAGGAAGGCUAGACAGGCUGCUUUUCCUGUGGUUCUCGUUCUUUCUUCUUAGGCCUGGAUUUUGGAUGAGUUCCUCCUGCAGCCUGAGCCCAGCCACCACUUUCGUUUCAUCAUGGGGUCUGUACCCUGCCCAGAGGUUUUCUGGCUGGAUUGGUUCUUUGUUGAGAAACCAGAGCUGGGCAUAGAGUUGACUUAACCCUAUAGGUACUGUUACUUAAAUAAGUCAAGUGCCUAGCCUCCCCUCUACUUACAUCUGUCCUUCCCCCAGCCAAGGCCUCACCUCUUCACUUCUGGCCUGCCUGGGGUGUUAGCUCACUGGCAGCAGCUGCUCUUCAGUGGACCAGGCGGCCCUCAGUAAACUGCGUGUGACUCUGCCCCACCUGCCAGGGCGACUCUGGAGGCCGCAGGGGCUCUGAUGAAUCUCAGGUGAGGCUUAGCCUGUGCCUCCUGUUGUGUUAAAAAAAAAAACAAAAAAACCACCUCCCAGCAGAUGGGUCCAACUUGCCUUCUCCAUUUGGGCCAGAGCAAAACCCACGGCUUGCUAAAUCAAUCCAGAUCUACCCCUAAGGCCCUGGGUAAAUUACUCCUCUCCUUAGUGCGCCCCCUCCCCCAUACGUACAAUUUUAGCCCCUGCCCUCCUUGUGCGGCCUUGCAUGGAAAGGACCCUUAGCCAUCAUCCAAAGCAGUCGUCUUCCCUGUUUGUGGCCCCUGUGGGCGGGCAGCAGCCUUUCUCCAGGAGCCCAUCCCCAAGAGGCUGAGCUGGGAGGAGAGUGUUGUCAAGGCUGGCCCUGCCCAUCAGCCAAUAGCAGAGCCCCUAUCCCUCCCCCAGCCUAUCUGGUUUGGAAAUACUGAACUGUUCUUUAAAAAUAUAUUCAAGAGGUUUCCAAUAAAAUUCUUUUCUGUACUUUACAA